AUGACAUUCUAUGGAACGAUUGAAUCUUCGGGCGGUUCUACGAGACCAAGCAGCUCCAACGACAACAAGCUCAUGACUCCGAUGACUCUGAAACAACAAGCAGACGUCCGGUCGUCAGAACAACAACGUCAACAGUUGUUCGAACUACUCAUCGCACCAGAAUCACUACGUCUCCUACACCAACCCAACCCACAACAACUACGACUUUGCGAACUCUGCCACCGACGUCAACCCACAGACAUCACGACUAUGGUCUUUAUGGCAGGCCACAUCCCAAUUUCUUCAACGACUACCUCAACCGCUCCACCACGAAUUCAUAUUACUACCAACAAGAUACCCGAUCCUACCACCGAUCGUUCUCGAAUAGAAAUCCACCUUCCGCAUUCGAAAGAGACUGUUCGUCAUGAGUUGCCAAGAGAUGACGUCACCAUUGUCACUGCAUUAAUGGACAUCGGGAGGGGCGAAUGGGAUCGCUAUCGCCGUCCUCUCGAACAAUACCAUUUAUUCAUGGAGAACUUGCUGUCUCUUCAGAAUUACAUGGUAAUCUUCACUGACGAAUCAAGUUAUAGUUUCAUCCACAAAUACAGGAAAAACAUGGGUGAAAUACAUCGCACGAAGAUACCCCUAAUUCACACUCUGAAAGAUCUUCCGCUCUCACGUCAUUUGGAUGCUGCGACUAAAAUCAUCGAAGACGAGCACAAUAACGACAAACUGUGGCGGUCGAUUUGGGAUCCAGCGAUGAAAGACCACCCGGAAGCGCGAAGUGCCGAGUACGAUGUGCUCCUGGAGGAUCCAUUCUCGACUGAAUUUUUCGUUUGGAUCGAUGCCGGUUACGGACACGGCAAUCAAAGUGUCUUCCCAUACAACAACAAAUGGAAACCGCAAUUCCCUCACAACAAGAUUUCCGUAAUUAAGCUGACACCGGUGCACGAUUCAAUUGCCGGCUACAAUAUUGGCAGUCUAUACCGCCGCAACUGGUCGGUGAUUUCAGGAGGCUUCAUUGCAGGAGACAAGCGGUCGAUAGGGCAGCUUUACACUCUUGUUCAUAGGAAAUUCAUCGAGUUAACAUAUCAUAACAAGGUGGACGAUGAUCAG